GCAAAACAGGUUCCCAAGAAGAUCAAAUCAAAGAAAAAAUGUGUGAUCGAUCUUUAAUCUCUUUGCAUUAUUAUUACAUCACUUCCUAAAUUUCCGUUCUAAUACUUCCAAAACUUUGUUCCUUUUUGGCUAAGUAAUCUCUCUUCAAUUAAUUUAAUUGGUUCUUCAGCUUUUCUGAACAAGAACAGAGUAGCUCUGUCUGGAUUCCACUUCUCUCUCUCUCAGAUUCUCUUACAUAUACAUAUACACACAACAUGGAGAGGUAUGAUAUAGUGAAGGAUAUUGGGUCUGGUAACUUCGGAGUGGCAAAGCUUGUUCGUGACAAAGUUUCUAAAGAGCUUUUCGCUAUUAAGUUCAUAGAGAGAGGCCAUAAGAUUGAUGAGCAUGUACAAAGAGAAAUCAUGAACCACAGGUCACUCAACCAUCCCAACAUAAUAAGAUUCAAGGAGGUUUUGUUGACGGCAACACAUUUGGCUAUAGUAAUGGAAUACGCCGCCGGAGGAGAACUCUUUGAAAGAAUCUGUAGCGCCGGAAGAUUUGGCGAAGAUGAGGCAAGAUUUUUCUUCCAGCAGCUAAUAUCAGGAGUUAGCUACUGUCAUAGUCUUCAAAUAUGCCAUAGAGAUCUAAAGCUAGAGAACACGCUGUUAGAUGGAAGUACAGCACCACGUGUAAAGAUAUGUGAUUUUGGAUACUCAAAGUCAGGAGUUCUUCACUCUCAACCAAAGACAACAGUAGGAACACCUGCUUACAUUGCACCUGAAGUCCUUUCUAAAAGAGAAUAUGAUGGCAAGAUCGCUGAUGUCUGGUCCUGUGGUGUCACUUUGUAUGUAAUGCUCGUUGGUGCUUACCCUUUUGAGGACCCUUCUGACCCUAAAGAUUUUCGUAAAACCAUCGGUCGGAUUCUGAGAUCGCAGUACUCUAUUCCUGACUAUGUCCGAGUUUCUGAUCUAUGCAAACAUCUUCUCUCUCGAAUAUUCGUGGCCAACCCUGAAAAGAGAAUAACCAUGGAGGAGAUCAAGAAUCAUUCUUGGUUUCUCAAGAAUUUGCCGGUUGAUAUGUCGGGAGCAUCAUCGAGAAGGAAUGAUCCGUCUCAGACAGAGGAAGAGAUAGUGUGGAUCAUUGAGGAAGCUCGGAAAGCGAUCACUGGAGCUUCUGGACUCUCUGGUGCUGGUGGCUCUGGUGAAAGCAGUAGUGGUGCUAUUGGAAGUAGUAUGGAUCUUGAUGACUUGGAUGUGGAUUAUGACGAUGAUAUCGACACUGGUGAUUUCGUUGGCACCUUGUGACCAUUUUUAUCAUUCGCAUUACCAAAAGGAGAUUUCAUGAGAGUUGCACAAACGUGAUUGUAAUGUUCUAUAUAGCUUGGAUUGAUUAUUUUAAACGCAAUGGUUGAAUUUUAUGUUGAUGUAGUGAUUUGGCUCAAAUAUGGGGGUUAAGAGCUUUGUGGACUUAUAUCUUUGUAAAUUUUUUAUUUGACUUUUUGGGAUCAUCAGUAAGUUAUCGACAUAAAAUGUCUAUCGUGUGAAGGUUGUUUGAAUGAAAAU